GAAACAUACAAAAACCCCUCUCUCUCUCUUUGCAACUCCUUCUUUUUCCUCUGCGAAACUCUCUUCGCUCCUUAUGCUUCGGUUUAUUUUCAAUUUCUGAGUAACGAGAGGAAACGAUAAAUCCCUAGGGUUUCAAUUUCUUUCUAGGGCUUUUAAUCUCAAUUUCAAGUUUCUCCGAUGGAGACCGAGGAAGAUGAGGCUUCGAACUUGAAUCAACCUUCUCUUUCUCUUCAGGAAGACUCAGCAGCAAUCGUAUGUGACCCGCUAGAAGCAGAAGGACCUAAGAACUCCGACCCACAAUGCGCACCCGAGCCUGAGAAUGAGCCUGAGUCUGAGUCGGCUUCCGAGUCGCACAUCGUCGGAGCCAGCGAGUCGCAACAAUCGCCACCGCCGCAGGUCGCCGGCGAAGAAGCUUUGGAAGUGGCGGAUACGGAUUUAGGGACGGGGGAGAAGGUUGUGAGUGACGUGGCGGAGGAGGAGGAGGAGGAGGACCAGGGUGAGUCUAAUACUGUAGCUGAGGUGGUGGAGGAGAAGGAUGAGGCUCAGGAUGUUGCUGACGUGGCGGUGGAGGAGACGGAAGUGACGGACUUGGCGAAGGAAGCGACGAAUUUGGCAAGCCCUGCGGCGGAAGAUACAGACUUUUUGGGUCCUGUGGUGGCUGAGGAGACUGAGUCGGCAGAGCCAACGGAGGUGGCUGUGGAGACGGAUUUGAAGGAGACAGCGGCGGCUGAGGAGACGGAUUUGGCUGAGCCAGUGGAGGCGGCAGAUGAUACAGGUUUGGAGGAGCCAGCAGCGGUUGAGGAGACGGCUUUAGUUGAGCCAACGACUGUAGAGGAGACGGAUUUGGUGGAGCUAGCAGUGGCUGAAGAGGCAGAUUUCGUCGAGCCAAAGGUGGAAGAGGAGAGGGAUAUGGCGGUUGCUGAGACGGAUUUGGCAGAGCCAUUGGUGGCAGAGGAGAUGGAUAUAAUGGAACCUGCGGUGGCUGAGGAGACUGAGUUAGUUGCCCCAGUGGAUGAGAUGGAAGACGCAGAAGUAGAAGCAGAAGCAGUGGAGGAAGCAAAUGUUGGGGCUGACUUGACAGAGGAGACGGUAGAGGCUGAGGAGCACUUGGUGGAGGAGGAAGAGGAGGAGGAGGAGGAGGAGGCAAUGGAGACAGAGGACAAUGUGGCUGAUGCGGCAGAGGAGACCACUGACGCAGAGGAGGCCGAAGCAGCGGAGGAGGAGGUGGAAAUGGCGGAGGAGACUACAGAAGCAGAGGAGACAGAGGCAGCUGAGGAAAUGGAAGUGGUGGAAGCAAGUAGGACCAGUGGAGGGAAGAGGAAGCGUGGCAAGAGUACUACUCGUGCUGCAACUAGAGCCUCGACAAGGAAGAGGGUGGAAGAGGACGUUUGUUUCAUUUGCUUUGAUGGGGGUGACCUUGUGCUUUGUGAUCGAAGGGGAUGUCCAAAGGCCUACCAUCCUUCAUGUAUUAAUCGUGAUGAGGCGUUCUUUCGAGCCAAGGGUCGAUGGAAUUGUGGUUGGCACCUGUGUAGUAGCUGUGGGAAGAAUGCCAACUAUAUGUGUUAUACAUGCACAUUUUCCUUGUGCAAGGGGUGCAUCAAAGAUGCAGUUAUCUUAUGUGUGAGAGGAAACAAGGGCUUCUGUGAGACAUGCAUGAAAACAGUAUUGUUAAUUGAACACAAUCUGCAAGGAAACAAGGAUAUGGGUCAAGUCGAUUUUGAUGACAAAAGUAGCUGGGAGUAUCUCUUCAAAGAUUACUGGAUAGAUUUAAAAGAGAGGUUGUCUCUGACUUUGGACGAACUCAAUCAAGCUAAAAAUCCAUGGAAAGGAGGAUCCGAUGUGCCUACUGGUAAACAGGAAUCACCUGAUGAACUUUAUGAUGCUAACAAUGAUGAGAGGUCAGAUUCAGACAGUUCUUCUGAUAAUAUAGAAAUCAGUAACUCCAAAAGAAGAAGGGGCAAGAGACGGUUGAAGCCCCGUACCAAGGAAUCUAAUUCAUCAGCCUCAGCUGCAACUGGUUCUGGAGGUCCAUCCAUGGUUGACAAUGCUGAAUGGGCAUCAAAAGAGCUUUUGGAGUUUGUUAUGCAUAUGAAGAAUGGUGACAGAUCUGUUUUAUCUCAGUUUGAUGUACAGGCUCUCUUGCUAGAGUAUAUAAAGAGAAACAAACUCCGUGAUCCUCGUCGCAAAAGUCAGAUAAUUUGUGAUGCAAGGCUUGAAAGUCUGUUUGGGAAACCACGUGUGGGGCAUUUUGAAAUGUUAAAGCUUCUUGAAUCCCACUUUCUCAUAAAAGAGGAUUCUCAGGCUGAUGAUCUUCAAGGGAGUGUUGUUGAUACUGAAACUAGUCAGCUGGAGACUGAUGGGAACUCUGAUUCCUUGGUAAAAGCUAGUAAAGAUAAGAAGCGUAAAACUCGUAAGAAAGGCGACGAGAGGGGACCUCAAUCAAAUCUUGAAGACUAUGCAGCCAUUGAUAUUCACAACAUUAAUUUAAUUUACUUAAGACGUAAUCUAGUGGAGGAACUAAUUGAAGAUAUGGAAAAGUUCCAGGACAAAGUUGUUGGUUCUUUUGUGAGAAUAAGGAUUUCUGGUAGUGGCCAGAAGCAAGAUUUGUAUAGGCUGGUCCAAGUUGCGGGUACAUGCAAAGCUGCUGAGCCAUAUAAAGUUGGUAAAAGGAUGACAGAUACUUUGCUAGAAAUAUUAAAUUUAAACAAGACAGAGAUCAUUUCAAUUGACAUAAUCUCAAAUCAAGAGUUUACUGAGGACGAAUGCAAGCGUCUACGUCAGAGCAUAAAAUGUGGAUUUAUCAACCGGUUGACUGUGGGAGACCUUCAGGAAAAAGCAAUGGCACUCCAAGAGGCCAGGGUCAAAGAUUGGCUGGAAACAGAGAUAGUGCGACUCAGUCAUCUUCGUGAUCGAGCUAGUGAAAAAGGGCGUAGGAAGGAGCUCAGAGAAUGUGUAGAAAAAUUGCAGCUCCUCAAGACACCUGAGGAGCGCCAGCGUAGGUUGGAGGAAAUUCCUGAAAUACAUGCUGACCCAAAUAUGGAUCCAAGUUAUGAGUCUGAAGAAGAUGGAGGUGAAACAGAUGAUAAGAAACAAGAAACCUACAUGAGACCAAGGGGUACUGGCUUUGGCAGGAGACCAAGGGAACCAGUUUCUCCACAAACAGGAGGUCCUGCAUUUAGUGAUUCCUGGAGUGGGACAAGGAAUUAUUCUACCGGGAAUAGAGAUUUAACCAGGAAUAUGUCUAAUAAAGGGUUCUCUCAUAAGGGAGAUGAUACUACUGGUGUUGGCGAGAUAUUGAAUGAAUGGAAUCAAGGAAGAGACAGAGAAACUCAGCAAAUUAACAGUUGGGAGAAACAAAAAAUUACUGCAAGCUUGGAAGUUGAUGCUAGUAAGACCCAAUCUGCAGUAAAGUCUGAACCAACUUCUGCUGCUGCAGAAGCAUCUCUCUCCACCACGGUGGCACAAUCUGCCGUCACAAUCAAUGAGACAGAAAAAAUUUGGCAUUAUAAGGAUCCAUCUGGAAAAGUUCAGGGACCAUUUUCGAUGGUGCAGCUCCGUAAAUGGAACAACACUGGAUAUUUUCCUGUUGAUCUGAGGAUUUGGAGAAUUACUGAGAAGCAAGACAAUUCUCUACUUUUGACUGAUGCAUUGGAUGGAAAAUUCCAGUCAGAUCCACCCUUGGUGGAUAACAGUUUUCUAAAGGCCCAAGGGGUGCACAAUUUAAAUCUUCCUUCCUCAUAUUCCAGUAAACCCCAUGGAGCAACCUUACAGCAUGGUAUUGAAGUUCAAGUUGGUGAAAGAUCAAACUUUGAUCAGAAUCGUGCUGCUCUGAGUUCACAAUCUCCUGCAGGCAUGCUGGCUACUUUGUCAGUUGAGGUCCCUAAGAUUUCUAUUGAUGGGCGAAGUUCUAAUUAUCAAAAUGAUUCAACAAAUCUUCCUUCUCCUACUCCCCAAUCUACCACGAGUGCAACAAAGGGGCAACCUUAUGAAAAUAAGUGGUUCCAAAAUCCUAUUCAGCCUGCUGAUUCUGUAAUGGGAGCUGGUUCAUUCUCAGCAGGAAAUGGAGGACUGCAUCCUCCUGCGGCAGUUAUCCCUGAGAGUGUAUUGCGAGUUUCUGAAAAUAACGGUGCAAGCUCACAUCUUGGAGUGACCCCAAUACCAAAGCCAGAAAAGAGUAUGCUAGCAGGCUCUACAGACACUCUUCAAAUGCAUGCUCAAUCAAUAAGUCCUGGUGCUGAUAUGAAGAAUUCUGUCACUAGUUUCCAAAAUUUGGUUCAGUCUGUGGCUAAUAAUAAUCAUCCUGUUGAAACUCAAGGAUGGGGGGGUGCUCCAUCCCAGAAGGUAGAACCAAAUAAUCUUGCUAAUAUGCCUGCACAACCAGCUACUCAUGGUCACUGGGGGAAUUCUCAAUCUGUCCACAAUUCUGCAACAUCAUUCAGCACGGGAAAUCCGGUGGGGAAUUUCCCCUCAGCAGGCUUCUCAGGCUUGCCUCCAUCCGAUUCUUGGAGACAUCCAGUUCCAGUGAAUCAAUCAAACAUUCAGCCUCCAGCUCCACCCCCACAAACGUGGGGCAUGGGUGUUGCUGAGAAUCAAACAGCUGGAACAAGACCAGAGAAUCAAAAUACUAGUUGGGUUCCAAUGGCAGGGAAUCAGAAUAUGCCCUGGGGAGGACUAGUUCCAGCAAAUGCAAACAUGAAUUGGGGGGCUUCUGGUCCGGGGCCAGUACCUGGAAAUGCAACUGCGGGAUGGGUUGCACCCGUUCAAACACCUGGAAAUGCAGGUCCUGGUUGGGUCCCGCCCAAUCAAGUUCCACCACCAGUAAAUGCGAAUCCUGGUUGGGUUGCUCCUGGUCAGGGGCCACCACCUAGAAAUGCAAACCCGGGUUGGGCGGCACCCGCUGGGAAUGCAGGCAACAAUGGAGACAGGUUCACAAACCAAAGGGAUAGGGUUUCUCAUGGUGGAGACUCUGGUCAUGGUGGUGGUAAACCUUGGAACAGACAGUCAUCAUUUGGUGGUGGAGGGGGAGGAGGUUCUAGGCCUUCUUUCAAAGGGCAAAGAGUGUGCAAGUUUCAUGAGAGUGGGCACUGCAAGAAGGGAGCCUCUUGCGAUUAUCUGCACCCAUAAGUUCUAAUUUCGAUCACCAGAGCAGUCAAUACUGUACAGUUAUUUUUCAUAAAGAGGUUUUUGACCUUGUAUAACCUUUUGUUUCUUUUAUGUGUAAAACUAGUUCAGUUUAGAAUCUCACCCGAUUUUGCUU